AUGAUCGGAAAGUAUCCUUACUACAUUCCCGCCAAUAAUGAAGUGAUCGGUUUGGGAUAUCAUGCAGCGAGUGGAUUAAUGUUGGCUGCAGUUGGACGUAUUCGUCCUGGAGUUCCUUCAACCCUGAAUGCAUUCUGCAUGGAGGAUUAUCAUAAAGGAACCAGCCCUCAUCUAUGGGGUUUUCCAAAUUACAAAAUGAAUACACUGCAAGCAUCCUUUUAUGAUGAACAGAUUCGUAAUAUUCGGAGUCUCAACACUUCGAUAAAAUAUUCUGCAGGAUAUUUUAAGUAUUUCUUCGGAGAUCAGCAUGAAAUGGAUUUGGGAAGGAGGGAUAUUACGCUAAAUCGUCCUUAUAAUUCAUUCCAAGAUUUUACCAUUAUUCACACAUUUCGUCCAAUAGUGGAUGAUCGUUGCAAUCGACUUUUUAUCAUUGACAACGGUGUACUCAACUAUGGAUUAAAUCUUAGGUACAACGUUCAAAAUCCAGCUAUUGUUGUCUUCCAACUGCCAACAGGAAGGUGCUCGAAAGGACCAUUUCCUGUCCUUCGUCGAAUUGAGAUUCCAAGCUAUAUGUGGAAGGAACCAAUUGGAUUUGCCUACAUAACACUUGAUUAUCAAAAACGAGGAUCAUGUGAUGAUCUAUUCCUCUACAUUACAAACACCUUCGACACCACAAUCACUGUUUAUGACUACAAACGUGGUACAUUUUGGAAAUUUUCUGAUCCCUCAAUGCGUCCUGUUUACGCGGAAUCCCUCAUGACUUUUGGCAAUGAUUUUCAAUACAUUAAUGCUAUAGGAAUUAUGGACAUCGUCCUCGGCUGGCCAGACAAGGAUGGCAAUCGCAAUGCAUAUUAUACUCCGGGUACGAGUUUGGCUCAAUAUGUGGUUUCCACGAAACUCCUGAAGAAUUCCAAACGUGCAUCAUAUAAUUACAACCCCGAAGAAUUCACCCUUAUCGGCUAUCGGGGGUGUGGAACUGAAAAUUUCCUUCAAACCAUCGAUUUAUCAACGGGAGUAAUUUUCUUUGCACAGAUGCAAUCAAAAAAGCUCCUCUGUUGGAAUAUUCAAUAUCCCUACAAUCCUGAUACAAUCGGUGUCCUGUAUGAAUCAGACGCCUUACAAUUUGUGUCGAGUAUCAAUAUUGAUGCCGAAGGAUAUUUGUGCGAAUGUGUAGAAGGUGUUGGAUAA